AUGGGCCCCGUGCCCGUGCCCUGCGACCCCCUGAAGCGGCGCCAGUUCGCGGACGACGGCGUCGCGCCCGGCCCGGACCACUACGAGCCGCGGCGGCCGAAGACCGCGGGCGGCAAGAUCGUCUCCGGGUCGUCGCGCGAGUCGGCCUUCGACGUGGCCAUGCGUUUGAGGGGCGAGGAGCCGGGGCCGGGCCACUACGACUAUGGUUUGGCGGCCGCGGCGUUGGAACGGUCGGACCUCGGCGUGACGAUGUCGAGGGCCGCGCCGCCGUCGGACUUGGAACGGACCAUGGCGCGCGCGGCGCUCGAGCCGGGGCCGGGGGCUUAUAGGCUGCCCGUGUCGGACCGGUCGCCCGUCGCCGUCAAGUACAAGGGCCCCAAGGGCAAGCACUUCGACUACUACGUCCCGGGGCCCGGCGACUACGACCCGAGCCGCAUCCACGUGGACCCGUCCGCGUUCUUCGGCUCCGUGACGACGGCGGACUCCUACAUGGCCCUGGCCGAACAGAAGGGCCUGCGGACGCCGGGCCCCGGCGCCUACGACGUCCUGCGGCCGGCGUCGUCGGCCGACGACCGGGGCGACGGGCGCCGGCCCGCGAGCCGGCCGAGCUCCUCCGAGCCGGGCGCGCGGUUCUCCACCGCGCCGCGCAACGACGCCUUCGCGGAGCGCAUGGCCGGCAUCUACCGCGGCGUGCCCGGCCCGGGCGCCUACAACCCGCCCGACGGCCGCAAGUCGAACAACCCCAUGGCGUGGCUCGGGUCGACGCUCGCGCGGCGCGUCGUGCCCAACGACGUGCCCGGCCCGGGCCGCUACAACCCGGACAAGCCCGACUCGCGGGGGACCGUGAACCUCGGCGGCACGUCCGCGCGCCUCGGCAACCUCAACGUGCCCAACGAGAACCCGGGGCCGGGCGCGUACCGCGUCGACGGCGACAUCAUGAUCCCGACGUUCUCCGUCAUCGGCCACAUGGGCUCCGGCACGGUCAAGGGCGACCCGUCCUUCGAGGCGACGCUGCAGCGCGCCGCGUCGACGCCGGGGCCGUCGGACUACUCCAUCUCCUCGACGCUCAACCGGAGCGGCGGCCGCUUCGCCUACACGCUCAACCUCGACGACGACGACGACGCCACCGUGGAGACCUAG